AUAAAGAUUUUAGUUACUCUGCAGCUCCACCCCUGGAACUGAGCACUUCCAUCGCGCGCGCUUUUGUUGUAGCUGCAUCCAUUUGACGGCUAAUUUCAUAUCUACUUUUGAACUGAAAUCCGCGGUUGGAUUUUAGACGUCCAGGGAACAAACUGCAGUCGUGGCAUCGCAGUUCCAGUUUGCUAGCAAUGGGUAUUUUCGACCAAAAUGGACGACGUGGAAUACAGAUUUUGGUUUUCAUUUACCUGCUGGAUUUAUCUCACAGUCAGAUUGUAUAUUCGGUGUCGGAGGAGGUGAACAAGGGGACAGUCGUUGGGAAUAUAACGAAAGAUCUAAAUUUUAAUAUCCAGGAACUGGAAUCACGAAUGUUUCAGAUUGUGUCGGGAACGAGCAAGAAACAUUUCGAGGUAAAUGUAAAAAAUGGAUUAUUAUUUGUGAAUGAAAGGAUCGACAGAGAGGAACUGUGUCUGGAUGCCGCGAAAUGCGUUGUUACGUUGGAAGCGAUUGCGCACAACCCGCUAAAUUUCUAUCGCGUUGAAGUAAAUAUUGUUGAUAUUAAUGAUAAUGCGCCGUCAUUUCCUGUCAAAGUCCAUGCUCUAAAUAUUAUUGAAAACGCCCUUUCUGGUGACAGAUUUCCACUUCCUGUUGCAAAUGAUGCUGAUGUAGGUAGUAACACAGUGAAGAGCUACAAACUGAGUCCGAACGAGCACUUCUCUCUGGAUGUACAAAGCGGUGCAGAACAGAGUGUAUCUGCUGAGUUGGUGCUGCAGAAAGCUUUAGAUCGAGAGAAGCAGCCCGUGAUCCACCUUCUACUGACUGCUGUAGAUGGAGGAAAACCUCCCAGAUCUGGGACCUUACAGAUCACUGUAAACGUGCUAGACAGCAAUGACAAUAAUCCAGUAUUUUCCAAACCUCUGUACAAGGUUAGAGUACCGGAGAAUGUAAGUAAUGGGACAAAAAUUGUUACGCUGAAUGCAACAGAUUUAGAUGAGGGUAUCAACAGUGAUAUUGUAUUUUCAUUUUUAGAACACGGAAAUGUUAAAACUUUGGAGAGCUUCUCAAUUAAUCCAGAGACAGGUGAAAUAUCUAUUAAAGGCAAUAUUGACUAUGAAGAAAACCCUGCUUUUGAAAUACGGGUACAAGCUAAAGACAAAGGCCUUUUGCCACGUAGUAGUCAUUGUAAACUGCUGAUUGAAGUUAUAGAUGUCAAUGACAAUGCACCGGAGAUAUCAGUGACAUCACUAACAACCACUGUUAGAGAAGAUGCCAAACUGGGAACAGCAGUUGCUUUGAUUACAGUAUCCGAUAAGGACAGUGGCAAAAAUGGAGUUGUGGAUUGUCAUAUUGCAGACUCUGCUCCAUUUAAACUGCAGUCAUCUUACAAGAACUAUUACUCUCUUGUGGUUGACAAGCAACUGGACAGGGAGAGUUCUUCACAGUACAACAUCACCAUUACUGCUACUGAUGAGGGAAACCCGCCUCUUUCCAGCACCAGUGUUAUUACUAUACAAAUUUCUGAUGUGAAUGACAACAUCCCACGUUUUCCUGACUCUGAACUUCAUGUUUUUGUACCAGAGAAUAGUCCAGUUGGAACACUCAUAGAAACUGUUACUGCAAAGGAUGUGGAUGUCAAUGAAAAUGCACAAGUCACAUAUUCACUGUUGGAGAAUAACAGUAAAGAAUUGCUGAUGUCUACCAUGGUGAAUAUAAACUCUCUCACUGGGGAAAUAUACAGCAUGCAGAGUUUUAACUAUGAAGAGGUAAAGACCUUCCAGUUCCGAGUUCAGGCUACAGACUCUGGUGUCCCUCCGCUGAGCAGCAACAUGACCGUGAACGUUUUUAUCCUGGAUGAAAAUGACAACAGUCCUGGGAUUCUCCCUCCCUAUUCUGACCAGGGCUCCGUUAGCACUGAGAGCAUCCCAUACUCUGCUGAAGCGGGAUACUUUGUGGCCAAGAUCAGGGCUGUGGAUGCAGACUCUGGCUAUAAUGCAUUGCUCUCUUACCACAUCGCUGAACCUAAAGAAUCCAACCUGUUCAGAAUUGGAACCAGCACAGGGGAAAUUAGGACAAAGAGACGAAUGAGUGACAAUGAUUUGAGGACUCAUCCACUUGUCAUUUUGAUUUCUGACAGUGGAGAACCUUCCCUGUCAUCAACAGUGUCUCUUGAUGUUGUGGUUGUGGAAAGUAAUAGUCAAAUUGACACUCCAUCAAGACAACAACCAAGGAAAAAUGAGACAUUUUCUAGUUUACAUCUAUAUCUGCUUAUUUCUAUUGUAUCAGUGUCUGUUAUAUUUUUGCUCAGCAUAAUCAGUUUAAUAGCACUAAAAUGCCACAGGACAGACAACAGUUUCAACAGGUACAGCGCCCCAGUGAUCACCACACACCCUGAUGGAAGCUGGUCUUACUCUAAAUCAACUCAGCAGUAUGAUGUGUGUUUUAGCUCAGACACACUGAAGAGUGAUGUAGUAGUUUUCCCCACUCCAUGUCACCCUACAGAUGCAGACCUUAUAAGCAUUAAUGGAUCUGACAUUUUCAAACAGAAUCAAACUCUUCCCAAGAGUGAAAAGGUAAGAAUGAUGUAAUUUAUACUUUUAACAAGAAACCUUUUGGCCAUAUC